GCGGACAGAAAUACACAGAAUAUACCAUUAAAUGCUACUGGAAUAAUGCCCAAAACAAACUACAACUACAAGGAAUUUUGUAAUGGGUUUAAUGGUAAACAGCUGACAGUCCACGCGCUAUACAUUUAUACACAUUUAUCAAUAACAAUGUUUGUUGGCUUUUGCUGUUUAAAUUAACAUUUUAUUUUUAGCCUGCCUAUAUAAAAAACAGCAUGCCCUAUAGGCCAUGUGAGUUUAACAAGUGUGUUUAAACUGUAUAUUUGUUUUCUAUGCAAUUCCAGACCAAAUGCAACUCUUGUCCCAAUCCUUCAAGAGUCCAACAGAGUUAGGAUAGUAAAAAUUCUAACAUUCCCUUUGGUUAAUCUUAGCCUACGACAAAUUUCUUUCUUGGUCUGCAUAGAGAUCAUUAACCACAGGGGGGCGCUAAAUGCUACAUUUUCUGUUAACGCAGGUCCAGUGCUUAUAACUACUUCAUUCAUCAUCUUGUAGUAUGUGUGUGUGAGGGGAAGUGUGUAGUGUUUUGUUUUAGAAAAUGUUUCAUAUAUUUGACUGCUUACAAUUCAUGCUUAAUAUUCAAGUGUUUUGAAUAGGUAAAUAUUGAUGCCCUCACACGCUUGGCCAGCUGUCAUGUGUAACCAGAGAGCCCGUCGUAACUAGGUGUUGUGGGGAGGGUCCUGGUCGUGAAGGUGUAAGGAGAGCAGACGAGCGAUUGUUUUACAGGAUGACUGCCUCCCGUUAUUGGCAGUUUAACGAUGGAACUCGACGAGAGCAGGACCUGUUGCUAUAGUUUAUGAAAUGGCAACAAAGUAACAGGCUGAAGAAUAAAAGCGCAUCUUUUCCAGCGUUGUCACAAUGCUCCUUAAUGGACCGUUUAUUUUUUCCAGAACAAUUGGGAAAUUAAUAACAGGGGACCUUUUAUAUAUUUCGUCAGGAAACCGUUGUCACACCAAAUGAACUGCCUUCUAAACAACCUGAGGACGUGCGUAAUGGAAUUCUUCUUUAAAAAGAAGAAGAAUUUGAGGACUGCGGUCAGCUUGACUUUGGCGUUUGCAACUUUACUUAUGCUUCAGAAAUUAAUACCGGUGGAUACGAACAUCAAAGACAUCAAAGUCGGGCUGAAAAACAAGAAAUGCGGACCCGAAUGUCUCCCAUUCAACGGUAACAGAAUGCGGAGCUUCGGAAACGCAUCCCAAUUACACGGAGGUGCUUUCGAACCUUCGGAAAACCCCAUACUGACAAGUUGGGAUGUGCAUAGUAUUAGCUGUACAGAAAACUCCACGAUGAGGAGCCAGGACUGGUUUCGCAGUUUAAAUCCAAGGUUUCAUCAGUUUGUCCUGCGCAGACACUGCAAGUAUUUCCCUAUGUUGUUAAAUCAUCCGGAGAAGUGUGGCGGUGACGUGGAUCUUCUUGUGGUUGUAAAGUCGGUCAUUGAAGAACAUGACCGACGAGAGGCCGUGCGCAAGACCUGGGGUAAAGAACAGGUCAUCCGGGGAAUGAACAUCAAAACUUUAUUUCUAUUAGGCACUCCGUCGACUGGCAAAGACGCACGAAAUUUACAAGCGCUGGUUAAGUAUGAAGACCGAACGUUUGGGGACAUACUGCAGUGGGACUUCAUGGACACCUUUUUCAAUCUCACCCUAAAGGAGGUUAAUUUUCUGAGGUGGUUCAACAUCUACUGUAGUAAAGUACCGUUCAUCUUCAAAGGAGAUGAUGAUGUGUUUGUCCACAGCAAAAACCUGGUGGAACUAAUUGGUUUCAAAAUCGAGGAGAACAAGGUGGACAAUCUCAUCAUUGGAGACACCAUUUUUAAAGCCAAACCGAUCAGGAACCGUCAGAGUAAAUAUUUCAUUCCUAAAGAGCUGUAUGACGAACCUUAUCCACCUUAUUUGGGUGGAGGUGGAUUCCUCAUGUCCUCUAAAGUGGCCCACAGGCUGUUUAUUGUCAGCGAGAACGUGGAGCUUUAUCCAAUAGAUGAUGUGUUUUUGGGCAUGUGUCUUCAGAGGUUGCACAUUACCCCUGAGCUGCAUCAUGCCUUUAGGACAUUCGGGAUCAUAAAGCGUAAAGUGACCCCUUUGAACAGGGAGCCUUGCUUCUUCAGGAACCUCAUCGUGGUGCACAAACUUGGUCCUCAGGAGCUCUUGAGAAUGUGGAGCCUUGUACAAAAUGAGGACCUUGUCUGUGCCAGAAAAACUGUGUUGUGAUUGUGAAAUUGUUUUAUAAUUUGGACGAAUAUUUAUAUUUAAAAAAAAUAUUUUUUACUACAAGGCAUGCAUGGGGUCACAUACUUUCUUUUGUAAUGAAAAUGAGGAUGAUUAAUUUUUUUGUAUUGUUGUUACCAGAGCCAAUAAAUCCCAAGUUGGGAAAAUGU